AACCAACGCAGUUUCUGUGAAAAGUGUGAAUCAAUUCAGUCGAAACUUUAGGGCAAAGUUUAGCGUCACAGGAAACACCUCACUUCCUUUAAGUAAGGUCAACAUUAUACUGUGGUCCUUACUCCAAACGGUAUAUUACAGUAACUACUGAGAAAACGUUCAUCAUGUGUCAUUCACAAAAAGAAUUGUCGGGUUGAUAACUGCAGAAGUAAAUAUCCAUGGGGCUUCAACGCUUGUUUGGUUUUAAAUCGUUAGAAUGGAUUGUUAUUAACUGAAUCCCAUCGUUGUUUGACCUUACCAACAUGGCCGACUACCUCCCAUUUCUCAUUUUUUUCAUGGAAUAUCUGGGAUACUCAUAUCCGGUAAGGUCAAUUUCCCCCAGGUCCGCCAUUUCAGUUUGUUAUAAGAAGUUCUCGGGGAAAUUUGAUUAUAAAAAAACCAAACUUUUAUUUAUUUUAAUAAAUAUUAGGGAAAGUUUGCUGUAUCCUCGAUUAAAUUAAGCUCAGCUGGGCGGGCUGCGUUUGGAUUCUGAUCAUUUUAACGGCAGGGCGGCGUGGAUGUCGUUAUUUUUUUAAACGGGCUCUCCCAAGUUUAAGUUUUGUAUGACUUGAGAGCUGAGUGUGGAAAGGAAGAGUCGAAGGGAAGGGCCUGCGAAGCCGCGGUGUCGGAGUGCCAGCCAUGGCCGGGAAUUUCGACUCGGAGGACCGCGUGAGUUGGUACUGGGGGAGACUAAGCCGGCAGGAGACGGUGUCCCUGUUGCACGGACAGAGACACGGAGUUUUCCUUGUAAGGGACUCGACCACCAUUCCGGGGGACUACGUCCUCUCCGUCUCGGAGAAUUCCAAAGUGUCCCACUACAUUAUCAACAGCAUCAGCAACAACAGACAGUCCAGCACAGGAUUAAGCCCCCCCAGGUUCCGGAUAGGAGACCAGGAAUUCGAGGCACUCCCCGCCCUUCUGGAGUUCUAUAAAAUCCACUACCUGGACACUACCACCUUGAUAGAGCCCAUUUCCAAAUCCAAACACUCUGGCGGCGGAGGGGGGCCGCUUGCUGGGGGCGGGCCGGCGCUCUCCCACCGUCCGGAGGAUGCUGAGUACGUGCGCGCCCUCUUCGACUUCCCCGGCAACGACGAGGAGGACCUGCCCUUCCGCAAGGGGGACAUCCUGCGCGUGCAGGAGAAGCCGGAGGAGCAGUGGUGGAACGCGGCCAACGUGGAGGGCAGGUCGGGCAUGAUCCCCGUCCCCUACGUGGAGAAAUACCGGCCCUCGUCCCCCACCGGCGGAGGUAACCAGGACGGGCAGCUCCCGCAGCCGCCACUCCCAGGCGGGCAGGAGCCAGGGGCGUACGCCCAGCCCAGCCUCAACACUCCGCUCCCCAACCUCCAGAACGGGCCCGUUUUUGCCAGGGCUAUCCAGAAGCGAGUCCCCAAUGCCUAUGACAAGACGGCCUUGGCUUUAGAGGUUGGUGACAUGGUGAAGGUGAUGAAGAUCAAUGUGAACGGUCAGUGGGAGGGGGAGUGCAAAGGCAAGCGCGGCCACUUCCCCUUCACACACGUGCGGCUCCUCGACCAGCAGAACCCAGAGGAGGACUUGAGCUGAGAGCGGCUGGCUGGGACCCACCUUCCAUCCACAUCAUCCCCAUCACAGUCACCCCACUGCCCGACCCAAAAACAAGUCAGCUGUGUCUCUGAUCCCUCUCUCCCUGUCUCCCUGGGAUCCAUAUUCAGAAAGCAUUAGCGCGCUGGUAAAGGCAUAGCACAGGACGCAUUUGAAGUUUCCCCUUAAAGGAUCCGGAAUCGGGGAAUCUGUUCACAUUAAACAACAACAAAAAAACUACAACGAAUGCGUGUGUAAAAUAAUGCAUGUGGCUCGUUGCUGUAUUAUAUACAUGUAACCUUUCUUUAAUUAACUUUGUGGGGCUCCUCGAGGGAGAUGCUUUACCCUAUCUGUUUCUUCAUUUCUUACAUAUGAAUAUAUUAGGAUUAAAGUAAUCUCAUACUCAGUGGUGUUGGGGGUGGCUUAACAACGAAGGCACGUGGGCAGAUAUCCAUGCAAGCAAUGCCAUGCCAUAGGAAAGUUCAUCAGCAAUCGCACAAUUGCAGUAAAAGUUAUGAAUUUAGAUAUGAUGAUGUGGUUACUGAGAGGCUAAUGCUUUCUGAAUAUAGUGUUUCAUCCCCUUCUCCCUCCACCUGCCCCGGUUGCAUUGAAUCUUGUUAAGGGUUUACGACAAGCAAGCUAGGAUUGGCCGACUGUUCCACUAGAUCCUGAAGAGCUCAGACUUGACCAAGGUACUGACGAAUAAAGGGGCUUGCCAAAUUAAUAUCCACUGUUUCAAUCAAACACUAGGUGAUGUUUUUCCCCCUCCUGUUUCUAAAUGGAUGCAUCUUGUAGUGCAUUAAAUAUGAGCGGUAUGAGGGUUAUGUAGAUUUCCUGAUUUGUUUUAAAUAUAUUCUACCCCCUAUUCCAGUGUUGACUCUGUCUAGCACCAUUUCGGCUUGCUACCCUUUUCUGUCACGUCUCACGCCUGCUUUAAAUUCUCAGUAGAGGCCACUUUGUUUGUCACAAUGGUGGAGAUCAUCCCACAUCUACUUAUGACGUCAAGGUGCACACAAAGCUGCCCUGUGAGGAGUGGAGAAAGACUUUGGUGGCAGCUGAAGUUUAUAUAAUUCUGCACCAUUAGCUGAAACAGCAUGACCGUGGCAAACACGCUGUCACUCACACAAUUCAUUGAGAAACGGGUCUGCUUCUCUGUGUUAAAAACACUUGCCUGAAUACCUUGCAGAACAGAAAACCGCAUCUGCCGACGAGGACUGUUGUCGGAAGAUUCACAGCAGGCAGACCACUGGGAAUAAAGCAGCCCGGGACUUUCUGAGUCUGGCCAGCUUGUUUCUAGAAUCACACAUUAUGGGGCGAAAUGCAGAGCAAUGAAGAAUUGACUGGAUUGUGUAAUCAGUGCAAUGGAUCUGGGGAUCUGAAUGGAACAGAAAUUGCUAAGAGCUAUAAUCAUUUAAACAUACAUUACAUCAUGUAUUCACACCCUUUUUUUUUUAAACCAAGUUAGCCUGGGCACGAUUUGAAUUUGCUUAAACUGAGAAUGAUUUAAGUUGCUUAUUUGAAAGAUUUUCUCUAGUGUUCUAUGUUGCUCUGAUAAGUUUGUUUUAAAAUACGGUCUUUAGAAUAUUCAAUUACCAAAAAACACUAAACCCUCUUGGCACUGCCCUAGACUAGACGCAGCACUGCAGUGCAGAUUUCAAUAAGAAGUAACUGCAGCAGCACUGCACCCAUACACUUUAUUUGUCCUUUUCUUGGGCUGUGUGUUUGCAAUCCAGCCUAGCCCUUCAAGGACACUUUGAUGUAUUUGCAUUAUCCCGUGUUCAUUCACUAACCUUUUGUUAAGCAUUAAUGUGUCACUGAUUGCAGUGUAGGCCAGUGGCUCUCCGUUCCAGUUCCCUCUGGCUCCGAUACAGGGUUUGGUGAACUUGGCCCUUCCCAUUAAACCUCUAUCCAGGUCCUUAAACAGUUCACCGUUUCAUUUUCAUCUGUUUCACAGACUUGAUUAUGCACAUUAAUGUAUCUUGGUAUAACAGGCAUAAAGCUGGUUUCAUACACCCUGGUUAGCAUAGAUUGGACCCAGUGUUGUACCUAUAGCUGAGUUAGUCCAACAUCAAUGUAAUCAAGGGCUGUGAAACAGGCUUCUGGCUAUCUAACCGUUCCAAAAGAUUGAAUUAUAUUAUAUGUGCUCUUGAAUGGAUUAAGUUGGGUUUCUUUUUAAAUGAUUGGAUGAAUAAAUAAAUAAAUAAACACAUUUUAGAUUCACUUUAUUUAAAACCCAGACUGUUUGUUGCCACCAGGAGCUGGAGUCGGGAGCAGCUGAUUUUGGGGCUGCUGCAAUAUUGCACCCCUGGGUUUUUAUUUGCUCGACAGCAUCUAAAAAUUGCUCGUGUGUGUUUGAGCAGGCCGAGACUGGAGCAGUCUUUUGUUCUAAGCAGGCCUGUUCCAGUCUGUCUUUGUCUUCUCCAGUGUGCCAAGUAAACCUCUGUAAAGCAGUGUGUUGCUUCUAUGAGCUGAUGCUGCUGCAUAUCAAUGGACUCCACAGGAAUCACGUGAUCGAGCCCCUUUAGCUUGAGCAGUCUGUCUCAAAUGCAGCAUCACGCAACUCCGUGUCGACUCUCUGUCUGCGUCUGGCAGCCUGGAUGAGAGUGUGUAAGAGAGCGGCUUUUGAUCUGGGGCGAUCGGUUCAUUUCAAAGUGAUACGAACAGUCUGUGUGUUCCGGGUCGUACGCACAGUCUCGCUGCCUUUGGGUUUUACCUUCAGCUGUUUCCCCUUUCCCAGUUAGAUGAUUGUUUAGCUGCUGUUGCUUCUUUCAUUCAUCAGUGUCAUGGACAUUUCCAGACACUGCAGCCCGCAGGGGGUUUGCCAGUCUCCUAAGCAGCAGAUUCUGCAUUCUCUUACUUGCUGUAAGCAGCAGCAAAGUCUGCCUCAUUGUCUUGACCGCUGUGUCAUUUAAAAAAAAUAUAUAUAUAUAUAUAUAUAUAUAUAUAUAUAUAUAUAUAUAUAUAUAUAUAUAUAUAUAUAUAUAUAUAUAUACACAUAAACACAGAUAUUUUCUGAUCAUGAAUCUGAACUGUGGGAGACCUGUUUUAAUACCACUAAGAAAUGCAGUUUUAGAUAAGAAAAAACAUCAGUACUUUUUUUUUGUUCCAGUACCACUAUUACCGUGGGAGACGGCAGUGUGGUGGAUAAAGAUGAAAUCAUUGUUCAGACACUGGCAUAGUUAUCACAUAUUAGAUUUGAUCUAAAACUGGUCAAUCCAUACAAGCCUGUUUUAAAAAGAAAAAGAAAUAUUGGGCACCAAGUUCUGUGUUUAAAAUGUUGAAAUCCCUUUUUUUCUUGCUCUGCUUUUGUCUGUGUGGUUUUGCAUGCAAGUGCGUGUUCGUAUGCGAAUUCCCUGAUCAGUACUGUUUGUCAUCGUCUGUUUGCAUCGCUACAGUACUGAUGUAGCAGGUGCAUCUUUUGAAAAGCAUUAAAGCGAAUUCAGAAACUUCAGUCAUUGUAAAGGUGUUAUUGUAAAUACCGUUGCUUGUAAAGAGAAGCACUUAACCAGCCCUAUACCACUGUGGUUCAUUUAAAGUGUUACAGGAGGUUUGAAUAUGAUCCUGACAAACUCUGUAGCUAUUGAUGAAAUAUAUAAAGCAGUACAGUUCAGGAAAGGGUCGCGUGGCAAUGGUCUUUGUAUGGAUCCUGCAGAAAAUGAUUUAUAUGCAAAUGCCUAUGGUAUUCAUCUGUAGAUAUUUUUUUGGAAUGAGUAUUCCUGUGAUUGCAUGCAUGUGCUAAACCACCUGAUCUACAGUGUCUCCUGCUGUAAAACCACCUGCACCCAUCUUCAGCACCACUGAAGCCAUACUGAACCAUGUUACAAAAUGCUGCUAUUCAGAAAGUGGUACGUUUCAUCUUCGAAUCUUAAUGUUUUGAACUCUCUAGAAUACUGUUUGAAACGAGAAGCCGCCCACACAACAUAAAGAUUUUGUUAGAUUGUAAUUUACGAACUAGACCUAAUUGAAGAUCAACACUAUCAAUAACAGCAAUGAAUGAGGCCAGUCCUGUUCAACCUAUUGGUCAUUUUACUGAUGAAUUGAUUAACCCAGCCCCACACACACGCCCAAAGGUCUGUGUAUUGCUUUAAGAUGUCAAUAAUCCUAGCAUCUAGUCCAACAUUACGAUCUAAAUUUGGGUUAUCGACUUCUUCAAUAGCAGGAGUAAAAGAUCAUGAAACAUCAAAGUGAUGCAAAUGUCAAAAUGUUAAGCCGAACGUGUCAUAAAAGCCCAGGUAUCCAUCGAGCGUUUUUUGGUCUGAUUCCAGAUAGAAUGGCUUGCUCUUGGCUGUUUCUCUGUCGUGUGUGUGUGUGUGUGUGAUCCUGACUGUGACUCGUCUUCCCAAGUGAAAAGGAGGAACCCAAUAAAAUAAACUGCAGCAGAUCAACUGUACCGCCAAACAAUUUAAAUGCAAAUGGAGUCGUAGGCAGUUUGCCAGAUGUUUUGAUGUGACCGGUAAUAUUGACCUGCUCGAGACGUUAAAUAAAGCCAAACGCUGGGCUUUCCAGCAUAUCGGAGUGUCAUAAUCAUGCAUUUUUAACAUGGAAAACCCAGUCCUAAUAACUAGUAUCGUUUACACAUUCCUCGUUCACAUCGGGGUAUAUUAUGUAAGGAACACCCAGCCUGUUGCUUUUAUGUUACAUGUAUAUCAGACAUGCUUCAUACAGUCUGUCUGUUCAGGUGUGUGUUUCAGAGACUGUGGUCUGUGGCACGUCUGUGUGGAAGCAAACCUAGGACCCCCCCCCCCCCCCCACCAAAAAAAAAACAAAAAACUGGGGUGUUAAUGAUGAACAACAUGCACUUGCUAUGUUUGUUUUUAUCAUUAUUAGAAUUCUGUUCUAUUGAUAAUUUAAGAAAGCUUUGCUGAUAGACUGCAUUUGAACACAGAGUCGCUUGUUGUGACUCAGUUUGCUUAUCCACGGUGCUAAAAACCAGGCCAUGUUAAAUAUAUCCCUUUCUGAACGACCCCACCCCUGCGAUGUUCUGCCCACGUAGUCGGCUUCUUUUUCUUUGUGUGUUUAAUGAUUCUCAUUUGUUGUUCAUGCCUAUACAUAUUUUUAAAAUUCUUAUUUUUGUAAUAACCGUGUGUAAUUGGUUUUCUUCUUUGGGUUUUGGGAGGGGGAGUUGCAAAUAGAAAUCGUGAUUUAUAUUAACAUGAAGAUGUGCCAUUGUAUUAUAACCCUGUUGAAAUUGACUUUUUUUUAUUUUCUGUAGCAUGUAAUGUAUGUUUAUAAUAUACCUAGCAAAUAAAGCCAAUUGACAAAUUA